AUGUGGACGAUAUCCUCGAAAACGUUUCAUUCCUGGCAACGAACCAUCUGUUGCGGCCUUUGUUCCACGGCUCCCGCGAAACAUGGUUCCGCCGGAGCCACCGGUUCGCUCAAUAAUCCAGCUUUACUUGCUGCUUCUGCAGCGGCAAAUCGCCCGCUUAUUCCGGCUGCAAAUCCACCACCGGCACCACCGCCGCAUUAUCACUACAUGCCGAUGACUGUAUCUUCGAUGCCGUCAAGCCAUGUCAUUGCAGCCCAAAAUGCUGCCGGUGCUGCCUGGAAACAGUCAAAAAUUGUGUAA